UUUAACUAAAUAAAAUUAUUAUGCUUUAAGAAACUAACGUUUUAAUGAGGAAAUAGAAGUAUCAAAUAAAUCAACAGUAUUGUAUAUGUUGUUACAUUCUAUCAUCAUGCGAUCCAUCGGGGAGUUAGUGAAAAAUUUGUUCCUUUAUAUUCAAUAAAAAUAUUUUCUGGCGAGGCGUUGGUGGCCGCAACGAUUUAGGCGUUGACACGGCACUCAUCACUGUAAGGUAAAGGUCCCAGGUUCGAUUCCAGCAGCCCUGUAUUUGUACUCGACAUACUUACAAAUGGGCUUUUUUUUCAAAAACACCGGCACUCUGAGGGUUUAUGUGACCUCUGAUGUUGCGAACCCUCGUAAAAAAAAUAUUUCUGAGGUGGCAAGGAGGUAGAUAAAAUUGGAGUUUAACCAAGAAUUUCUGGUAAAUCUAUACACUAUACAAUUAUUAAUUUAAAAAUGAAAAUAAUCUCCAAAUAUUUUCUUCUGCAGCUAUCAGAAAUAUUGAAGUAAGAUUUAAUGGAAGCAUGAGAGGAUUUAUCUUUGUGACAGUUUAAUUUGAAAUAUAAUGCAAGGAAUUUAUUUUAAAUAGUUUGAAGAAGUUUUAUAUCAGUGCAGUAGUGAGGAUUCCAGAUUCAAGAAUAGGUCGAACAAGUGAAUUAUAUAGAUGGUCAUAGCAAGAAGGAUUUUUAAACUGAUAGGUACUUCGAAUGACAAAGCAAAGCGUUUUAUAGGAGCAAUUUUUGAUUUCUUGUAAAUGUAGAUGAAAGGUAAGAUUACUAUCAAAGAUGAUGCCGAAGAUCUCUAAUAACAGUUCCUCUGGUCAACAAGCUGUGAUUUAUGGUAUAAGAUCUGAAAAAUAGACGAUUUUUUUUGUAAGAAAAAGUGUUAGUAAAACAUUUAGAAUUAUUUAAGAAUAGUUGAACACCAGUUGGAAAGGUUAUUGAGUGUUUUGUAAAUUAAUGCAGUCUAAGGCAGAAUAAAAUGUUGUAUAUAUUUUUAGGUAAACAGCGAAUAGAAAAAACUCGGUACCAGAUUGAGCAAGGUGAAUAUCAUUAAUGAAGAGGAGAAAGAGAAAAGGACCAGGAAAACAGAAAAGGGAAGAGACAUAAAAGACUUGAUUUAUGCUUAUUUGUUAGGUUUAUAUGUUGUCUGUUACUAUCACAAAAAAAUUAAUACCCUUAGUCAAUCAUUGACCACCAUUAUUGUUAGAGCAAACAAACUUAAAUUACUGAGAGUCAAUGUAUGAAAAAAGACCCAAUUCAAAAAGGGAUAGUUUUUUUAGGGAUAGCAUAGCUGGAUUUUUAAAGUUUUGUGUUUUCACUUGUCUUGGACAAACGAAAGACAAUAUUGGUGAAUCAUGAAAAAUUUUAUUGCCAACAACUGUAAUUGAGUGUUCUUAAUACAUGAGUAAAAAAGUCUAAAAUUUUCUUUUUUUGAGUUGUGUCACUUUUCUUAUGGGUGUGCGAUAUGUACAUGUAAGGGGGCUUAAAGCCAUAUUUGCACCUUUAAAAUAAUUAAAUGUAGGUUAUUGAGGUAUUUAACGGCGGCGGAUAGAAUGCAAUGUUAUUAAUGACUAUAAAUAAAUAAAUAAUGUGUUUUUAACGUGUAAAUCAAAAGUGGCGCGUUUCGGCCCCUUGUAGUAGUACAUCAGGCAAGUGGCUUCUGCAGUGUUUGCAGAGUGGGGAACCCUUCCGUUCAGCUGCUUUUGUUGUGAUGACGUACGGCAGGGAUUGAAAUUUCAGUUUCUCGUUACUUUUUCUUAGGUUUUCAUCGACAAGUCACUUGGUUCAUUUUCACGUUGUAAUCAGCAGAGAAACAGAUCAUUAAAAUUCGAGUUUUCCACUUUUCCAGAUAUUCCUUAUUACAAGUCAAGGAUAGUGAUCCCACAAUUGAUCUGAUGUGAGGGAGGGGAAUUAAUAGCAUAUAACUUUUGAAGGAUAUAAAUAAAUGAUCAUUAUCAAGCCAGAAAAAAUUUCCAAACAGCGGAAAAGACGAUUCAUUUGAUAACCGGUUUGAUGAUAAGCUGUAUUGGGGCUGAAGCCAGGAGGCAGGGCCCAUUUUGGGGAUGGUUCAAAUGGACCUGCCAGACAGAUUUUUAAGACGGGAUAUCCAAACCAGGCCUGCUGGCUUCACUUUGACUGGAGAUGGCGACCGACCCAAGCUCUCCUCAUAUCUCGACGAGUACUCUCUGACUAACAGGUACCUGACAAACAGCCACUAUGUCCCCGACGUUCAAGAGCAAGGAUCAACAUCAAGCUACAUUCCGAACACUUCCGAUCCAAGUUACGACAACCAUGUCAUCCUGCCAGACGGACAUUCCAGGUUCUUGUCAGAAAUGGCACAGGACCUGGAGGAUGAAUGCAAUACACUCUUCCGAAACAUAACAACCUCAAGAUGUGGUAAUUUCGGUACUUACUGCUCAGCCCCGCCAUCUCCGAGUCGCUCACCUGAACUCUUCCGCAAAGCGAAGGGAAGAGACACUAAAAUAGGAGAUCACAACUGUCUCAUGCACCCGAGCCACAUAUCUGUACUUCAGAAGCUUGAAGCAAGCAAAUAUGCAGUACUUCAACUGGAAGAUGCACUUUCAAGACUGGAACAACAGAAAGGAAUAGACCCAUCACAAAUUGAAAAGUUCCAACAGCUAGAAAAGAAAAUUAUCAUUCUUGAAAAAGAGCUUGUGUUGGCAAGGCAGGAGCAUGAGCUAGAUUCAAAAACCAUAGACACACUUAAGUCAGAGAUGGAGGCAAAAGUUACCCUUUUACAAAAGCAAAAAGACGCAGCGAACAAAGAAAAGGAGAACAUGGUGAUGAGAUUCGCCAUUAGCGAAAAAGAGCUUCUAAACCAAAAAGUGGAGAAGGAGAAUCUGAACAAAAAGUUGAAGGAAGCGACCAAAGAGAAUGAAAGCCUGACCAACAAAUUAAAAACGCUAUCAGCCGAAAAACUAAAAAUCUCUCAACAGUUAGAAACAAAGAACUCUGAACUUUCCAACUUGUACUCAGAAGUCGAUAAGCUGAAAGACGAGAUCAACGCGAGAGAUAUUAAAAUCAAAUGGUCACAAAACAAAUUGAAAUCCCAGCUGGAAGCUGCUCAGAAAGGAUCCCCAGAGCAGAUUGAAAAGUUAAGCACUAAAAUCCUUGGGCUUCAAAAUGAGAUUUUCGAGCUGAAAGAAGAAAAUCAAGACUUGAAGAAGCAACUUGAUAUGGCUGUGCAAGGUCGGAUAACAGAUCAAAAGUACAAAGAGCAAAAAGCCCAGUUGAUCAUGUCAACCCAUGAGUACAAAGAGCUCGAAGCCAAAUACAGGAUGCUAAAUCAAAAGUUUGAACGGCUUAUGGAAGAAAACAGUAUGCUCGCAAUUCAGACACAAGAGGUCGAUCAAGAAAGGUUUGAGAUGAAUGACAAACUUAAAAUGGUUGUUGAUCAAAAUGCUAAACUCUCAAGUGCUCUCGUUGAACUGGAAGAACAACUAGAUGCGAUGGACUCAGUCAAAAAAGACCUCAAAAAUCAAAAAGAAGCCUUCCGUAAGUACGCCGCUGAGAUAGAAUCAUUGAGAAAGUGUAAUGAGGAGCUUGGAAUGGAAAUGGAGAUGUGUAGAAAAAGAGAAGCCGAACUAUUGGAGUUUACUCAAAGGGUGACUGAUAAAAAUGUUUCGCUCCAGUCAGAGUUCAGUUCCGUCGAGGCAAAGGCCACAGAACUUGAGAGAGAAGAAGAGGAACAUGGGGCCGUGUUAAAGGUGCUGAAAAAAGAGGUGAGCAGGUUGGAAGCGGAAUUGAAGGCGGAGCAGGAGAGGAGGAACGACGAAGCCAAACUUUUAGCCAAGCAGGUGGCCGAGAAGUCUACAAAGAUGCACUCGCUCGAGUCGAACCUGACAGAGGCGCAGUCAGAGCUGACCCUCCUCAAGAACAAAUAUUCCGUCGCUCUCAAGGAACUUCAGAAAGAACUCCAGCAUUACAGGAAAAGGGUGGAACUGUUGGAAUCGAGUGGUGGUGGUAGCAGCGGGAGUGACUCGUUGUGCCAGGAAUCUAGAACAAGCUCACUAAGCUCUCUUAACGACAACAUCAACCAAUCCUCUUCAUUUCAGGUUUUGGACGUCCCAGCCCAGAUAUUAAUAGAACGAAUAGUCAAACUGCAGCAAGACAACGCUAAACAGUCCGAGAGAGUCGAGUUUCUCGAAGAGCAUUCCGUACAUCUUGUCCACGAGCUGCAGAAAAAAUCAAAACUGCUUCAGAACUACAUCCUCAGAGAGCAGGCUGGAGCGCUCACUUCCAAAUCUAUGGACAAAAACAAGUCUGAGCUAAUGGGAUGGUCAAAAUUGGUUACAUCGGCGGAAUUGACCAAGCAUGGUGGAAUAAUGGCCUCUUUGUACUCGGCAAAGCCUGUGAACGAGUCCAUGUCAUUGGAACUUUGCAUGGAGAUCAAUCAGAAGCUCCAGGCAAUACUCGAAGACACUCUUCUUAAAAAUAUUACCCUCAAGGAAAAUAUUGAUACACUCGGAGACGAAAUAGCCAGACUCACUAACAAAAAACCCUGAGCUGGACCCCAUCAAAAUUUGGGGAAAAAUUGCCUUAACAAGUUCAUAUCUAUUCACUUACGACUGAUAUAUUUUUGACAUUAUAGUUUCUAGUUUCAAAUGAAAUUAGUGUGUACUUAGGAAAGCGGCUUUUAAAGCCUGAUUCGAUGUUAAUGAAGCAUCAAUCUGCAUGAAGAGUAUGAAUCUCUUUUUGACGUUUAAAGUGCAAUUUUUGAUUUUGUAUGAAUUAUAUCAAAAUUAUCAUUCCAAUAAAUAAAGUCAGCUUUAGUUAUA